AUGCCUAUAGCAGUGUCGCCAUCGGCUGAACACAAACGGUUUCAUCCGGACGGCGAGUUCGCAACUGCAAAAGGUAUUCAUCAAAAGAGGACAGUUAUGAUUGUUAGCAGCUAUUCUACAGUUACUAUCGAGGAUUUGGCAGCCGCUGAACCCGAACUAAUCAAAUGGUUUCAAAUGUAUAUUUGUCGUAACCGUCAAAUGAAUAUUGAUUUAGCUAUGCGAGCAAAACGAUCGGGUUUUCGGGCACUGGUAGUCACUGUUGACUACAAUAAAAGAGGUCUACGAUAUAAUGAUGUCAGAAAUGGAUAUUAUUAUCCCUAUCCGAUAGUCAACUAUAAGCCGACUAACGAUCACGAACUGAACAGUUAUGUGGCGAAAGACGGUAUUUGGCAAAAUAUCCAGUGGUUAAAAAAGGCAACGGGUUUGCCGAUUGUUAUCAAAGGCAUACUGACCGCUGAGGAUGCGAGACUGGCCGUUGAUAACGGUGCCGAUGCCAUACUAGUGUCCAAUCACGGCGGCCGACAGUUGGACGGAUCGCCGGCUACUUUGGAAGCGCUUCCGGAGAUAGUGGAAGAGGUCGGUCAUGAAGUUGACGUCUAUAUGGACGGGGGUGUCCGUACCGGCGCUGAUGUGUUCAAAGCGUUAGCCAUUGGCGCCAAAGUUGUAUUUGUCGGACGAGCCGUGUGUUGGGCACUCGUAUGCAAUGGUUCCGAUGGUGUCAAACAAGUGUUGGACAUUUUGAACAAUGAAUUAGAAAAUUAUAUGUCAAUUGCCGGCACACCUAAUGUCAGGAAUAUUACUAGAAAUCACGUCCGAUAUGUUAACGAUUAUCGCAAUCAUUUAAAAUCAAUUUUAUAA